UUGAACAUAGAACGUAGAACAUAGGUUUUGCCUAAUUUCAUAAUAAAUGUCCACCGGGUCUUUUUGCAUUCAAGCCAGUUUUUCUGAGAAUUGCCUGCGCUUCUCCACUUGCCUUCCUUGGACUAGAAAACCCAUCCCACUCGCCCUCAAGAAAAUGAAUGCACCUCUCUUUCUAAGGCUAACCCUUGGUCCCCCCCUUCCCUCCCUCCCCAACCUGCCGCCAUUUCCUUUCAGGGCAACUCUAAAUAUGAUUUUGCACAAACAUGUCCAUGGGAUUUUGGGCAGAUGCAAAAUGCACAAAAAAAUAGAGAAGAAAAAUUUAGAUUUCUCUGUUCCUUGCCGCAACUUUUCUAUUUUUAUUUUUUUGCGAUGUCGAACCUAUUUUACCAUCCAUCUGUUUGUUGAGCUGCGGGGACUAUUUUCCCAUCUCUAUUACCGGCCAAGUAAUGCAGAUAUUUCUUUUUGUUUAGUUUUAAAUAGAUUACUCAUGGAAAGACAAUUAGGUUGCUUUCUGAAUAGGAAAAGUAGUUUUGUAGUUGAAAACAAGCAACAGAGCAAGGGUGCUUGACUUUGCAUGAAUCUCUUUUGUCUGGCUGGCUAGAAAGUUGUGAUUUGAGCUUCUAGAUCAUUAUUAUUAUUGUGAUAAAAUGUAGAUGAUGAGUGAAUGAGUCAGUCAAAAGGGAAAUGAUGGAAGAUGGCUUGGGCGGGAGAAAACACGCCCAAACGUCGUUGGAAGCACAUCUAUUUGGAGCAUGACCGACCGACCGACCAUGUUCCUAAUGCUUCCCCUUUGUAUUAACGAAGGUCCCGUCUGUCAUCCCAUGUGCUUUGCCUACUUCAACUCGGUCUUAAGGGUAAAUUACACUCCUUCCUUUCUUCAGCAAGCAAUAAGCAUAUCCCUUGAAUAAAUAAACAAAAAAAAAAAAAGUGAUAUAUAUUGUUUGGAGCGGGCAGAAGUUGGUUUUAUUUUGCUGGUGAUUGAAAUUUAAAGCAUGAUCAAAUAGGGCCAUGUAUUUCUGAAAAAAGAAAAAAAAAUCUAAUAUAGAAUAUAUGUGAGAAAUGAGGAGGGACUUAGACUUGAGAAGAUGACACUGAUGCAUGCAUGUUGGUUGUUAAUUCCAAUGCUACAAACCUGUUAAUACGUACAUGCUCAAUCAAGCUUUCUUUUCUAGCAGGUCAACUUAUUUGCGCCUUGAGAAAGCAGAAAAGCAAAGUGGCAAAGAAGAAGAGUAUUUUGAAGAAACAACCCCGAGAGCAAGUGCAAAAAUGUUAUUAUCACAUGAUGUUUUUAUAUAUGUAUAUAUUAUUAUAAAGAAUGAUGGGGCUGCCUGCUUGCUUCUUUAAUGAAAAUAUAAUAAUAAUAAUAUAUGCAUUUAGAAAGAAAAACAAUUUAUGAAAAAAUGUCAUUGGUAGGUUGUUUAUAAUUAGACAAAAAAAAAGUUUUAAAUCUUUUUGGGUAGUUUUUUCUCUUGAGGAUAAUAAAAGCUUAUGCCGCAAAUAGAAUGGGUUUAGAAAGUCAAACGACCACCCGUUGCUUGGCAGUCAGACGUUUCAAUUUCAAGUGCCGAAUUUAAUAAAAUAAAUAAAUCAAUCAAUAAGAAGAGAAGUGGAAAACUAGAAAAAAGAAAAUAGAGAGCGGCGGGGGAAUUUAUUAUUUUAUAUAUAUAAGGCGUUCCCGUCUGUCGUUCUCAAAAGCCGACGCUCGUCCGUUCAAAUUCACCGCUCCAACAGAUAUCUCUCUGGUUCGUACAUUCCGAUCCUCGCCAUUGCGGAAUGCCCUCAGAUCCAGCCCCGAAUUGCCCUGAUCUCUUCACCUCUCUCUUCCACUGUAUUCAUGAAUGCUUCUCCGAAGGCGGGAUUUCAAUUUGAUUCUCUUCUCUCUCUCUCUCUCCGUAACCCUAGCGAGGGAUCGCCUGCUUAUCGCCACCGACUUUCUCAUUGAUUGCUUGCUUGAUUGAUUCGUUCCCUCGUUUGUGGAUUUGAGUUCGGGAGCUGUUGGAAUUUAGGAUUGGCUUGGGAGAGAAUCCGACUAUGUCGUCGUCUGAGAAGGGCUCGAGCCGGCUGUUCACGAUCGGGCUGGUCACCUCCUGGUACUCGUCCAACAUUGGGGUGCUGUUGCUGAACAAGUACUUGCUCAGCAACUAUGGCUUCAAGUAUCCAAUCUUCCUGACCAUGUGCCACAUGACGGCUUGUGCUCUGCUCAGUUACGUCGCCAUUGCCUGGAUGAAGGUGGUCCCCAUGCAGACCAUCCGAUCUCGCGUCCAGUUCUUGAAGAUCUCCACCCUCAGCUUCGUCUUCUGCGGCUCCGUCGUCAGCGGCAACAUUUCGCUUCGCUACCUGCCUGUGUCUUUCAAUCAGGCCAUUGGGGCCACCACUCCCUUUUUCACCGCUGUCUUCGCUUAUUUGAUGACCUUCAAGAGGGAGGCCUGGCUUACUUACGCCACUCUCAUUCCUGUUAUUACUGGCGUCAUCAUAGCCAGCGGGGGUGAGCCAAGUUUCCAUCUUUUUGGAUUUAUAAUGUGUGUUGGUGCUACGGCUGCAAGGGCGCUUAAGACGGUGCUUCAAGGGAUUUUGCUGUCUUCUGAAGGGGAAAAGUUGAAUUCUAUGAACCUCCUCCUGUACAUGGCUCCCAUAGCUGUUAUACUUCUACUCCCUGCAACACUCAUUAUGGAAGAAAAUGUGGUCGGCAUCACCUUGGCCCUUGCAAGAGAUGAUGUCAAGAUUAUUUGGUAUCUCCUAUUCAAUUCUGCCUUGGCAUAUUUUGUGAAUCUCACCAACUUUUUGGUAACUAAGCAUACUAGUGCUCUAACUCUACAGGUACUAGGAAAUGCAAAAGGGGCUGUUGCCGUGAUUGUCUCAAUCUUAAUAUUUAGAAAUCCUGUUUCUGUAACUGGAAUGCUCGGUUACUCGCUCACCGUCUUUGGGGUCGUUCUGUACAGCGAAGCCAAAAAACGUAGCAAGUGAGAAGACCAAUUUGGGAAUGCAUUGGCUUCAAAUGCCAUCAUUUCUGUUUUCUUGUUACAACGACUGGGGCAGCCGUCCUGGAAGCAAAGUUAUGACGAUCUGCUUCUAGUUGGCAUUUGUCAGAUUUGCCCCACCAAAUGCCCUUUUCCUUUUUCGGCUGGAAAACUGGGGAGUUGUUUCCAUCUGUAUCAGCGUCAACCUACAUUUUAGUUACUGUAGAAAGGUCCAAUAAAUUAAUCAUUUGUCUAUCUAUCUUCCCCAUCUUGGAGAUAUGGAGGCAGAUCCUUUUCUUAAUCCUUGCAAUUCUUUCAGGAAACAGUUGCUAGUUGCUUAUAUUGGUUACUCUGAAUGAAAAUCACUCAAGAUUAUACAAUUUUA